AACAGACAGACAGACUGGGAAGCUCAUCCAGCUGCUCCAGAAGGAUGUUCCAUGUGACAUUUAUUUUAGCUCAGCUGCUUCUUGCAGUCUCAGUUCAGUCCAACUCCCAGGCUUACCUGCCGAUUGACUGUGAUGACAUUUAUCAACAUGACAACAAGAGCUCCAGUGGGGUUUACACAAUCUACCCAGGAGGUCCAACCACACCACUGCAUGUCUACUGCGACAUGGAAACUGAUGGGGGGAGAUGGACUGUAUUUCUUAGGAGGAUUGAUGGGACUGAAAACUUCUUUAGACCCUGGAAACACUAUAAGGCUGGCUUUGGGAAUGUAGCUGGCGAAUACUGGCUGGGGCUGGAAAAUAUCUUGCUAUUGACGAUGAGAAAGGAGAAUGAGCUUCGUGUCGACAUGGAAGACUGGGAGGGAGCUCAGGCCUUUGCUCAGUAUUCCUCCAUCUCCAUCGACUCUGAGAAUGCCGGCUAUCGGCUUCACCUGGGCAGCUUCACAGGAGGAACAGCAGGCGACGGUCUGUCAAGUCAGAAAGACGUGAAGUUCACGACCUUCGACAAAGACCAGGAUCAGUGGGACAAAAACUGUGCUCAGCACUUUCUGGGUGGAUUCUGGUAUAACGCUUGCCACAUGGCCAAUCCCACUGGGAUGUAUGCACCUCAUGGUGCCAUCGGGUUUGAAAAUGUUCAUGUGAUUUGGCAAACCUGGAAGGGCUGGAACUACUCCCUUAAGACUAUUGCGAUGAAGAUACGACGAGUGGCCAAGUGUUCAUGCACGGUUUAACUGGAUUAGUAUUAAAUAUACAAGAUGAAUGUAAAAUAAAGGAUAUUUCUCUUCUAUUCUAAAA